AUUGUAACCGGAUCCAGGAAAGGUAGCAGGGCAGUGAUACCAAGGAUCGACAUGGCACCGAGCGAGACACAGCUGCCAUUCAUACUCAAGAGAAGACAGUUUCUUGUUCUUCUUUCGUUUCCGAUGACAAUCCACAGGUCACAGGGCCAGUUAUUUGACAAGGUAGGUGUUUAUCUGCACAGCCCAGUCUUUGUGCAUGGUCAGUUGUAUGUAGCUCUGUCGAGAGUGCGCUAUGCAAACGGUCUAAGGGUGUAUGUUGCUGACAAUGGAGACUAA